AUGGACAUUAGGACUAAAUCGAGAGAACUUGUUUUUAAUUACAACAUUCUUUAUCGUUCGCAUCCGUCGUUUGUCUUCUGUGGAGGAAGCAUUAUCGGCGAAUAUAGAGUAUUAACCGCAGCACAUUGCUUCGAAGGAAACAAUUUUUACUACGCUCAUAAUCCGAAGCGCUUGCGGCUCGUGGCUGGCGAAUUGAAGAACGAACUUAAGCAUUCCGGCGAAACGGAGACCACAAAUAAAAUACAAUGGCGUAAAAUUGACAGCGUAGUUCUACAUGCAGACUUUCUUUUCCCUUCAAACGACAUAGCUCUCGUGUUCGUCGAGGAACCGUGGAAUUUCUAUUUGAAUGCAGAUUUUAUAAUACCGGCAUCCAAAACGAAAAAUUAUCAAAAUACUUGUAAAUCAGCUGGAUUUGGUAAAGUCGGCCAUCGAUCUAAAGAUGGCGUCUCACCUAUUCUCCUUUUGGCGCCAAUCAGAGUGUUAACAUUAAAACAAUGUUCUAUUUAUUGGGAGAUGACGAUGAAUAGCUUUAUAUGCACCGACUCGACGGUCACGGACGUGGCCAUGGGAGAUUCUGGGGGUCCACUAGCUUGCAAGAGGACAGGUGAUCCCGUCGAAAAACCGGGAAGGUCUGUAUUGGUCGGGGUUGUGAGUGGCAAAAAUUUUGACAAGACAACCUUGUACACAAGAGUUUCAGAAUACCACGAUUGGAUCGAACGCAACCCCGCCAUCAAAUUAAAUAUUCAGUAUUAUAUUCUUGUACUAUUCAUAAUUUUAAUAUAUCUUUUGUUUUAUUGAGAGCGACCGCGUCGUGAAACAAGAUGAAUGAAUUCUGUAAAAAAGAAAUUAAUAACUCCCUUUGCAUUGGACGGUCCGGUUAUUAUUCUAUGUAAAACAGCUCACCAGAGACGCCUUGGAGUACAAUUUUUAAUUAUGAUAAGAAAACUUGAUUAACGAAAUGCAAAGACAGUGGAAUGUAUUAACUUGAACUUAUUAAUUCGAAUUAUUCCGGCUCGUUGAAGUGUAUUUUGUAUAUAUGCAAAUACCGUUAUGCUUAGUAAGAAAAAAAUCUAAUAUUAUCAGUUAUUCAAAAACCAUAAAAUAUAUACAGCUUCUAUACUU